CACUGCUUUGAAUUAUACCGCUUAGCGACUUCAGUACAUGCCUCAUAGCUCCAGUCUCAAACUUAACCCCGUUCUUGCUGAAGAAGAGGCGGUCUGCUGGAUGGAGAAAGAAGCUCUAGUGAAAGAGGAGGAGGAGGCAGAGGAGGCUGUUAUACAAAAACAAGUAGAAGGUGAGGCUGUUACCGUGAAAGAAGAAGAAAAAGACGUUACAGAGGAAGAGAAGGACGACGACGUUUCAGUGAAAGAAGAGGAGGGGGAGAUGACUGUCACAUCGAAAAAUGAAGAGGAUGAAACUGGAUAUCUGGUCCCGGUUUCCCAAACGCAUCUUCAGGCAUCCGGUUCUAAAGAUGAACUUAGCAAUAAGAUGGUUUUGAGAAGCCGUUCCCUGAGUAACACUAGAGAGAGACGUGACUAUUGUGGAUCCUCUGGGGGGCCUCAACAACCUCAUGAUGCUGACAAGGCAGAGAAGAGUCUCUCCACAUCAAAACACCUCAAGAAACACCAGCAGAGACCCACAGGGAAGAAAUCUCACUUCUGCUCUGACUGUGGGAAAGGUUGCACAUCUUCAUCAGAACUUAAAAUACACCAGAGAACACACACAGGAGAGAAACCUUAUAGCUGUGAUCAAUGUGAAAUUAGUUUUGCUACAUUAAGCAAUCUGAUAAGACACCAGAGAAUACACACAGGAGAGAAACCUUAUAUCUGUGAUCAAUGUGGGAGGAGUUUUACUACACCAAGCUCUCUGACUAUACACCAGAGAACACACACAGGAGAGAAACCAUAUAGCUGUGAUCAAUGUGGGAUGAGUUUUACUACAUCAAGCCAUCUGACUAUACACCAGAGAACACACACAGGAGAGAAACCUUAUAGCUGUGAUCAAUGUGGGAUGAGUUUUACUACAUCUGGCUCUCUGACUAUACACCAGAGAACACACACAGGAGAGAAACCUUAUAGCUGUUAUCAAUGUGGGAUGAGUUUUACUACAUCUGGCUCUCUGACUAUACACCAGAGAACACACACAGGAGAGAAACCUUAUAGCUGUGAUCAAUGUGACAAGAGAUACUCUGAUAAAAGAUCUCUGAUCAAACAUCAGAAAAUACAUACAUGAAGAAGUUGUUUCAUGAUAUCAAUGAAAUAAUGUCACAAUGUAGUAUGUUUUAACAUUGUAGAAGGAGUAUUUUAAUGAUGUCACAAUGUAGAAUGUUUUAACAUUGUAGGAGGAGUAUUUUAAUGAUGUUCUACCUUAUCCUUUGCCCUGUUCAAUUGAUUGCAGCGUGAUAUGGAUAUUAGCCUCAGGGGAAAAUCCAGGCUCUGAAUUGAAAGAGUAUUAUUUAACAAAAAGUGACUAACAAAAAAAGAGCUGUGUUACACUUACUGCGUUGGUGACCCACUUUAAUCAAAAUGCAGCACUUUAAAAUGUAGCUAGCUGUUUUCUACAAGUUGAAAAAGCUGCUUGUUUAAAAAAAUACAUGUAAUAUGAUAAUUGUUGCAGAUGUUUGUGUAUAUACACACAUGAAAGCAGUAUAAUAAAUUGGUCUAUAAUCAAUUUUAUUAACAAUCUGACAUCACUCCAGUAUUUCUUGACAACAUUCAAAUGCUAAUUGUCUUUAUUCCACUACUGAAGAAGCAUGACUCAAAUCACCUCACAUAUUUCAAACAUCC